AUGCCCGAACCUCCAGCUCCAAACUCCAAUUCUUCGGCAACAAAUGGUGCUCCAGUUAAUGAACCUCCUCAUGCUUCAUCCUCCGCUAAUACUAGCACUGAUCACCUUGAAUCCCAUAACUCAUCAUUUCAACACAAACCUCAAGUAUCCAACUUGACUAAGAAUCUCUUGUCAGCGGCAUCAUCAUCGUCUAACAUAGUUAUACCAAAUGCCACUACACCUCAGUACGAUCAGUACUCAUCAUCCAAAGUACCGACCGAUGAUCAUCACUCGGCCAAUAAUAGUUUCCAACCCAUCAACUAUAUUCCAUCUAGUCAUAACACUCCCACUGUAAUUAGUUCUUCGUAUUCAUCUAACCACUCAUAUACUCCUUCCAUUCCAUCUACAAAUAACUUCAUCUCGGCCCAACCUCAGACCUUACCUCAACCAUCUUCAAGUAGUUAUAAACCUCAGAACGUAGUGCCCCAUGCCAUCCCCACUACCAACAUAUCAAUGGAUUCGGCCAAUUCUGUAUCAAAUCAUAACUCAUUUGUUUCAGCAUCUUCUUCAUUCAAUCCUCCCAGUUUUGACCCUACUCAGGGUAACAGUUACUCAUCUCAUUCCGUGUCUAUACCUCAUCAUCACCAACCACCACCUCAACAGUAUCAGUAUCAAUCACAACAGCAAAGGUUCCCUAAUUCCUUUCCUGUCAAUGGUAGUGGGUUCGGUAACUCUCUCCAGCAACAGCCCCAACCUAGUCCUCACCAGAACCAGUUCCUUAACAGACCCCAAUUCAACAAUCGUCUGUUAUCUGGAAGCAACACUUCUACAAUGAGCAAUACGCCUACUCAGGCUCAUGAAAGUAUGUAUUCAGCUAAACAACAAGCACCUCCAUCUCAACAACCUCAACAACCACAACAGCAACAACAGCAACAACAGAAAUCAUAUAACCCUCCCGAACCAGACCAUUACAUGUCCUAUUCAGAGUUCUUCUCCUCUUUGCUUCAAGAGAGCACUCAGCAACAGCAACAACAACAACUUAAUGAAGGUGAAGGUGGUGCCACUGCUGCACCAUAUGAAGAGCACUUGAACAUUGCAGAAUUCCCUGUUAAUGACUUGAUAGUGAUGUUAUCAUGCUUAUUAACAAAGAUCAUAGAGGCUAAUGACAAACUACACCCCAAUCAUUUCAAUAAUACUAUAGCCAUUCGUCAGCAAUUGAAAGAGGAGAAGAAACAAAAGAAGCUACAGAAGAUUGAGGCAAAGAAAGCAAAGAGAAAGGCGAGAAGAUUGCUUAAACAGAAACAACAACAACAACAACAACAUUCUCAUCAUAAUCAAUAUCAUCAACUGGGUGGAGUGAGAUCUCCUCUUAGAAGUAAUGAUGAAGAUGGCCGUCAUCGUGUAGAUGUCGAUGUGAUCAAUGUAGAUGAUGAUGAUGAUGAUAACAUUGUUAUUGAUCACGAUGGAGAUGGAGAUGUAGAAAUUGAUCACGAUCAAGUCAUUGAUGUUGAUGCAGAAGAGUAUGAUGAAGAUAUCGAUGACGAUGAUGACGAUGAUGAUAUUGAUGAUGACGACGACGAUGAUGUCGAUGAUGAUCUUGAUGAUGAAGAAGAUGAAAUGAAAAACAAAUACUUAGCCAAUGUUCUUGCCUUUCACGGUACAAACAUUCCUGGUAUAUCACUCCAUGCAUAUUUGGCCAGAGUGUUAAAGUAUUGUCCAGUCACUAAUGAUGUAUUUCUUUCAUUGUUGGUCUACUUUGAUAGAAUAGCUAAGAAGGCCAAUAACUUGAAUCAACAUAAAUCCAAUAAUAACAAUAAUAAGAAUGGAUUGAACUCAUCAUCUGCCAUUAAUAACGAAAUAAACUCUGGUGAUAAUUCUGGAUCAGGUACAUCAGAUAUAGAACAAUUAUUUGUUAUGGAUUCCUAUAACAUUCAUAGAUUAAUCAUAUCUGGUAUAACAGUAUCAUCUAAAUUCUUUAGUGAUAUCUUCUACAAAAAUUUAAGAUAUGCCAAAGUAGGCGGAUUACCACUAGAGGAAUUGAAUUACCUCGAACUACAAUUCUUAUUAUUACUUGACUUUAAGUUGAUGAUUUCUGUAGAAGAUUUACAGAAUUAUGGAGAUUUACUCUUGAGAUUCUGGAAAAGAGAGCAACUCGCUAAUGAGUUAGUCACCAAUCAUAACGAAGAAGAUGUCAAAAAGGAGGCUUAA